UGAUGUCAAGAUGGCGAAUUCAAAUGCAGCAAUUUUGACUUUUAUCUCUUCAUUUUUCUACUCUUUCCUCUUUUGUCAUGGAGCUGCACAGUAUGGGACUGUCUACAUGACAGAUGGCAAAGCAUCCUUCAAAUCAGGUGUCUUAGACAAAAAAGGAGGUGUCGCCUAUGGUACUUACAAUAAUUCCUAUCUGACUACUGGGUGGGACGUGCUUGACAUUAAAGCCGGGUAUGCAACCCAAGGUCCAAGACAGCUCAACCAACAUGUGAUGUAUGCAGCUGGUUUUGCGGAGGGCUAUAUGACAGCUCAGAAGAUCACCCAGUAUUGGCAAAAUAUCCAGUCUGUCUGGUUAAAUGGCAAGUCCAAAGACUUCAUGGCCAACUUGUACCAUUUCUUCGAGGAGCAAGAAAAGUAUGCUUUAAAUAGGAUAUCCCAGGAUGCUGGCAGGACACCGUAUUGGCGUCAUGUCGGGUAUGUCCUUGCCCAGAUGGAAGGUCUUUAUGACGGACAUAAAGCUGCUUUGGGUACAAAUGAUACCCUCCCAAGAUUUGCUAUCGUAUUCCUGAAUGGUGUUGGUGAUUACAUUGACAUCCAGUACGCUAUCUCUCGAGAAGACCGUCCAGACUUCAAGAAGAUGUCACACCUGCAGUUCAAAACAUUUGUGGAGAGUCAUGGCCACUGCUCCGCUCUCAUCAAGGCAACAGGAGCCUAUGAGAACAUCUUCAUGUCACAUUCCAGUUGGUUCCUCUACUCGUCCAUGCUCAGGAUCUACAAACAUUACGACUUUAACAUCAACGAUGCAGCCACCGUGAACAAACAGAUGUCUUUCUCUAGCUAUCCUGGUUUCCUUGAGUCUCUCGAUGACUUCUACCUCAUCUCUAACGGCCUCGUGAUGCUACAGACAACCAACAAUGUCUUCAACAUGUCGCUGUACGACCAGGUCAAACCAGAAUCUAUCCUGGCGUGGCAGAGGGUGAGGGUAGCACACAUGAUGUCUGCCAGUGCUGCUGACUGGGGAAGGAUAUUCAGCAUGGAGAAUUCCGGUACUUACAACAACCAAUACAUGAUCUUAGAUUUAAACAAGAUCAAAAUCGGAAAGGAGAUACAAGAUGGCGCCCUCUAUGUAGUUGAACAGAUUCCGACCCUCGUGGAAUAUGCCGACCAGACAAAUAUACUCAGGAACGGUCACUGGCCGUCGUACAAUGUGCCUUUCUACGAGAAAGUGUACAACAUGAGUGGCUACCCUGAGACUGUCGCUCGUAGAGGUUUAGACUAUUCCUACCAGAUGGCUCCACGAGCAAAGAUCUUCCGUCGCGAUGCCGACAAGGUUACAGACAUGAAAAGCAUGAUGGAUAUCAUGAGAUACAACAAUUAUCUCAAGGAUCCUUACUCAGAAGGCGAUGCCUGCAAGGCUGUCUGCUGCCGAGGUGACUUGAGUUCCACCAACCCCAGGGCAGACGGCUGCUACGACACAAAGGUUUCUGAUUACAAUAUGGCCUGGAAGAGACAGUCUUAUGCAAUUAACGGACCAACGACUGGCACUGGGCUUAAACCAUUUUCCUGGGUGCCACCUUUCAAUGAUUCCCAUGUUGGUAUGCCUAAAACAUUUGACUUUAAGUUUGAAUUCAUGGAAAGGGGACUAAAUUAGUGGGGAUGAGGGUGUGUGCUUUGAAAAUACUCCUAAUUUCAAAACUUCAGGGCUAAAAUUGGCAUUACUUCCUUCUUCUCCCAGAAAACAUCUGCCAGAUGGUGUUUUUGUUUUCGAAUAGGCCUAAUACAUUCAGGAAAUGCAAUUGCUUUGCCCUGGAAUUGAGUGCAAUGCACUUUUGUAUUCUAUAAAUGCACUUGCAGAGAGGUUCAUCUUUUAUUAAUACUUCACAUGAGUCAUGAAUUGCAUGCUGUAAUCUUGUCUUGUUAACCUAUUGGUGCUAAGAAUCUGUAGGAGUUUUACAGGUGCAUCGGCACAAAAGUCAUCGCCGUGCUUAGAGUAGCUAGUCCAAUUGUACUUCUACCAAAUAUCAAAUUUAUUUACUCCAAUAUUUGCAAUAGUGUCUGCAAGAGAGUUACCACAAUCAUAGUAGAUCUACAAUUUGUUGAAUGUGCUUAAUUCGAGUACAAAAAAUAGGCUAAUCACUUUGUUAGAAAGGUAAACUUUUUAUGCUUUUCAAGUGCAGAAUAAUCAGGGCCCGGUUGUUCAAAAGCACAAAAUUUACAAACCUUAAUAGUAAUGUUAAGUAUCUUUAUAAGAGAUGUUAUCUCUUUCGGGAAAUGUCAUUUUAGUUUUACACAUGAAGGCUUAGCAACACCGUGCAAGCUAAUGUGGUUUUUAACAACUGCGGCCCAGCCCUGGACAGUAUAUAUGUGGCUAUGUUAUAAGCGUAUUACUUAUCAUGUACAAUUAAGUGUUAAAUCUGGUUGCUAAAGACAACUCUUUUGUGUGGUGCAAGAGGUGAAAUCUCACUGUGAUAAUAUCAAUUCCAUAUGAGGGUAUUCAAAAUUUUCUAUUAUGUCCAGGAUACAGAAAAUUAUUUUGAUCAGUUAAAUGAUUUUAAAAAAAAAAUGUCUUCAACAUCACACCUUAUCCCCAGUCAUUA